AUGGAUACAAUCAAUGCAUGUAAUCUUGUGGAGAAAGUGUCACGUGACGAAUUCAGCCUGGAUAGUGUUGCCAAAAAGCGCUACGAGCAGAAGAUAACCAUAGUGGGUGGGGUAGACCCUUACGCAACUGAUUUGGUUUGGUCAAAAGAUGUGGCGUGCCUACCCUCAGUUACGCAUAUAGACAUCGUUCACUAUUUACUCUUUACCCCUAGUCCAUACACGAAAGAAGAUUUGAAAGCUUGGAAAUCACUUGAUGCUGUAAACCAACUCUGCAGUGGAUGGGUGCAAGAGAGAUCAAGUUACAAGACAAACAACCAUGUCAUAGUCACUGCAAAGGUAUUACAUUCACAACGACUUAGAGAGAAGCCACUUAGACCCUGGGUCAUAGUGAAACCAGAUGGUGUUGUGGAGGGGGCCCACUGUAAUUGUAUGGCUGGUCUUGGAGAAGCAUGCACCCACAUAGCAGCUCUUCUGUUUUCAAUAUCUGCAGCUGUGCAAAUAAGAGAUUCGCAAACGUGUACCCAGUCCGCAGCAUAUUGGAAGAUUAUACCAGCAUCAGUGAAGACCAUAAGGUAUAAAACUGUAAGCAACAUAAACUUUACCUCAGCAAAAACUGCCAAAAAACAUUUUGAUGAUAAUUUGCAGUGCAUGAAUAAUGGAGAAAUCCCAGUAACAAACACCCCUUCAGUAAGAAAAGUUAAAACACCUAGAGCAUCAGAGGCAGAUUUCAUGUCAUUCUGUCAAAAACUGUCAGUGUUAAAAUCUAAACCAGCCGUACUAUCAGUCAUAGAGCCGUAUGCUGCAGAUUAUGUUCCAACAUGUGAGAAACGAGACUUUCCUUUAAUACUUAGUGAACUGAAAGAUCCGGAUAUGAUUGGUGAGCCAUUGUGCACAGUACAAUCUAAAUGUAAAAACAUAAGGGUUUCAUGCAGCAAAGAACAAUCCGAAAAUGUUGAGGUUGAAACUCGGCUGCAGUCAAAAUCAAAGCUAUGGAACCAGUUCCGAGCUGGUAGAAUCACAGCAUCAAACAUGCGAAGUGUGGUUUUUACAGACCCUGACAAGCCAUCGAAAUCUCUUGUAAAGAAAAUAUGCUAUCCAGAGACCCAGUGUUUCCAGACUGAAGCCAUGAAGUGGGGAACAGUGAAUGAAAGAGUGGCUCUAAAGCAGUUUGUGGAGUAUACCAGCCCAAAGCAUGAAAACCUGCUAGUGAGAGAAAGUGGAUUUAUUAUUUCAGAAGAUCUACCCUGCAUUGGUGCUUCACCUGAUGGUAUAACUGCCUGUGACUGUUGUGGCAAUGCAUGUAUUGAAAUUAAAUGCCCCUUUAAUGCUAGAAAUGAUAAAAUUGAUGAGAACACAUGUGAUUUCUUAGUUUUAAAAAAUGAUCAACUCCAUUUAAGUGAAAAUCACAAGUACUAUUACCAGAUACAAACUCAAUUAGGUGUAUAUAAACAGGAAAUGUGCUUCUUUGUUGUUUGGACAUUAUGUGAUUUAUUUAUUAAAGAAGUGAAAUUCAAUCCAAUUGUUUGGGAAGACAUAUGCAGCAAGUCAAAAGGUUUCUUUGAGUGUGCGGUUUUGCCAGAAUUAGUUGGUAAAGUAUUCACAAGCUUGCCAGUGCCAGCCAGACAGCCGGUAUUGAAUACUACUGAUAAUGUCAAGCAACCGGUAUUAAAAGCAAUAGAAAAUGUUCAGUGUUCUGAUACCCAAAUGAAACCUGUCUUACUAUCAGACUCUGAGGAAAGAUAUUGUUAUUGCGACCAGGUUGAAUCUGGUAAAAUGAUAGCAUGUGACAAUAACGAUUGUUCAAUUGUUUGGUUCCACUUUACUUGUCUUAAGUUGGAAAAUUCCCCAAGAGGAAAGUGGUACUGCCCAGACUGUAGAAAGUUACCUGCAUUCAAAAGACUCAGAAAGAAAUGAAUUGUUGUCUGAUUUUUA